AUUCAUGCUUCUCGUUUCACACUCUCACCCUUCCUUCGCCGAAACCACUCCCGGUUUUCCGACGAGUUUGCCGGCGAACAUUUUCUCGCUCCGGUGAACUCGCCACCUCACCCGCUUAGAUCUGCUCAUCUCAGAUCACCACCAACACCAAACCGAACCUCCUUCACUCCGAUUCAACUCCUCCAAACAUCUCGUUUCGUUCCGAACAACGAUCUCGAAUCCGGCGUCGUUUUCCUCCGAUAAUUCGCUGCGGUUUGUUUUUUUUUCCGGUGAAGUUCGUCGGCGGAGAGCAUUUUCCGGCUAGGACGAUGACGUCAGGAACGAGGCAGCCAACGUGGAAGGAGAGAGAGAACAACAAGAGGAGAGAGAGGAGGAGGAGAGCCAUAGCUGCGAAGAUCUUCGCCGGUUUGAGAAUGUACGGCAACUACAAGCUCCCUAAGCAUUGCGAUAACAAUGAAGUUCUCAAAGCUCUCUGCAACGAGGCCGGGUGGAUCGUUGAACCGGACGGCACCACUUAUCGCAAGGGAUGCAAGCCUGUUGAACGCAUGGAGAUAGGUGGUUCUGCAGCGGCAACCCCAUGUUCAUCUUACCAUCCAAGUCCCUGUGCUUCCUACAACCCAAGUCCGGGCUCUUCUUCCUUCCCUAGCCCACGCUCAUCUUCCUAUGCUGCAAAUCCUAAUGCUGAUGGCAAUUCCCUCAUUCCAUGGCUUAAAAACCUCUCAUCUGGUUCAUCAUCAGCGUCCUCAUCCAAGCUUCCGAUGCUAUAUAUUCCUAGUGGCUCCAUCAGCGCUCCAGUCACUCCUCCACUGAGCUCUCCAACUGCCCGAACACCCCGAAUGAAAGCUACAGCUACAUGGGAGGAUCAGUCCAUUCAUCCUGGGUGGGGUGGGCAGCAGUACUCCUUCCUGCCCUCUUCCACUCCUCCAAGCCCUGGCCGCCAGGCUCUUGACCCGGAUUGGUUUGCUGGAAUUAGGAUUCCCCAGGGUGGGCCAACUUCUCCAACCUUUAGCCUGGUCUCUUCUAAUCCAUUUGGCUUCAAGGAAGAGGUUUUCGUUGGCAGUGGUUCCCGCAUGUGGACACCUGGUCAAAGUGGGACAUGUUCUCCAGCUGUAGCUGCUGGCUCUGAUCACACUGCUGACAUUCCAAUGGCUGAAGCGGUUUCAGAUGAAUUUGCCUUUGGUAGCAGCACAGCAGGUUUAGUGAAGGCCUGGGAAGGAGAGAGGAUCCAUGAAGUGUUCGGAUCAGAUGAUCUGGAGCUCACUCUUGGGAACUCAAAGACCAGGUAAAGUGCUGCAUAAAUGAAUAGACAGUGGUCCCCUCAACAUGAACUUUGACUCUGUCUGUUCUAUUCUGUAGAAAGGUUAGAGGAGGGAAUCAGUUGCUCUUUUAUAUUAUUCUUUUAUUUUCUUAUAGGUCUUAUUUACUCUUAAGUUAUAUAUACAGCUUUAGUUAGGUUUGGGAUGGUUUUGCACCCUGUUAUGUGGUCAGUAUCUUGUUAAACCUUUAAUUACUAUUGGAAAGAUCAAUAUACCUGUAUGGAUUGGCUGGUUUGAUAUUGAAAGAAAUAUUACUGGACGAUUCAACUGUAUCUGAA